AUGAGAAUCUCUGCUUAAAAUUCUAGUCAAAAAGAAAUUAUGUCCUAACAAGAUUAAACAAGAUAGCAUGCAGAUCAUGCUGUCCAUAUGAUAUUUCAAAAUAAGGUAAAUGCAAAAAAUGCUUUUGAUCUUGAUAUUGAUUUUGUUGAGAAUUUAACUAUGCUUUUGGGUGAUAGAAGGGAUAAUGAAUCAUCUUGGCUUAGAGCAAGUGCUUCUUUAGAUGCUGGAACAAAAAUUUAUGCAUUUAGGGUAGAUUAAGUUCAUUAAGAAACAUACAAAAUAUUAGGUGGACUGCAUAGGUAAGAACAGGCUGCCAAAAAUCAAGUUGACUCUUCAAAUAGCUCAAGUGCUCCAGCAAGUGAAUAAGAUUUGUUUACAAUUAUGAAUAAUCUAGCAGAUUAGGAUUCAUCAAACUAAGCUGCAUAAAUUAAAAAAGGGAUAAAAAAGCCAGGUCAAAAUUUUGUAUACUCAGGUGGAGAGAGGACACUUGAGAAAGACUCCAAGAAUUUAGAUGUCACAAGGUUUGACAUAGAAGCUGAAAUUGAUCCACUUUUUAGAUAGAGAACUGCAAGAUUUGAUGAGAGUGGAGCAAAGAAUCUCUUGAUCAAUAUUACUAAUGUAGAUAAAGGUCUUAAUAUAUAGCUUGACUCAGAAGUUGCAGAAGCUAAUAGGAUUAAGAUGGUGAAACCACAUAAAAGAAAAUAGGAUAAGUCCAUUGAAGAGAUCGAGUAGGAGAAAGAAGAUGAGUUAAAGCUUUAAAAAUGGAAUUCUGAAUAUAUUCUUUCCUGCAAAUAGGUCUUUAAGAUGGAGGGAGUCGAUACAUUAUGCGGGUAGCGAAUGUCUAGAGAACUUGAUAUAAAGAGAAAAGAGAUAUAUGAGUAUAUGGGAGGGAUUAAGAUAAAAUAAAAAAUAAACAGAGACAAAUAAAUGGAGCAAGAGUAGAUUUCAGCGUAAAGCGAAAUGAGUAUUAUUUAAUCAGAAAUGAUGACAGAGAUGGAUGAACUUGAUAAAUUUAUUUAAUAAGUAAUUGAGAAUGACAAUAAAAAAGCUGCACCGAUAUUACCCUAACCAAAUCUACCCUAAUAAUUUAAUGAUCCUAGCAAACCUAAGCAAUAACAUCAUGAUGGCUGCUUCAUUGGAGGGGAUUUUGAUAGUUAAUCUAUGAGUCACACUAAAUUUAAUGAUCCAUUUGCUGCUUAAUUGCAGUCAGAAUCUAAUACAAAUGGAAUUCAAAUGUAAAUGAAUGAAUAUGAGGAAGGCUUUGCACAAGCAUAAUCUGAUAAUGAUAUUUAUAUGGAAACUUAAGACUAGGAAUAAUAAAAUUGCAGAGAUCCAUCUUAUGCAGAUCAAGGAAUGGAUAACUAUGACUACCAGAAUGAUGAUGAAAGAAUUCAAGAUGAGAUUGAAUUAGAAAGACAAUAAGCACAGUUAGAGGACCAGGAAGAACUAAAAUUAUUUAAUCAAGCAGUUAAUAAUGAUAACCCAGUCACUGCAGAAGACUUAAAGAAUUAAAAUAAAAGACUACAAGAAGAAAAAAUUGAUUAAACAAGAUUGAGUGAUUUAAGGGAUGCUCAAAAGCUCCUCAACCUAGAUGGCAGGUUCAAGAUUAAAGAUUAAUUAGGAACAGGGAAGUAAGAAGUGUUUGAUGAUCUUAGGAGAUCUUUGGUGAGCAAGGAUGGAGACAGUUGUCUUGAUUCUGAUAUUUUGAGAAGAGAAAAACAAAAGCGAGAAAUUAAAAAGAGAAUGAUAGACGAUGAAGUCCUAAAAUCAUAUGAUUAAGUAUAGCCCUCAUAAGAUUCCACCUAAAGGGAUAAGAUAAAAAAAGCUCAAAGUCAAUCUUAAAUUUCAAAAAACUCUGUUUCAGCAGGACUAUAAAUUGAAAAAUAUUUGAAAGAAACAAGAUGUAAAGAUAUAAGGCCUUAGCAUCUUGAUAGAUAUAAACCAAAUGAUAUGAAGAAUAUAGCAUCUAAAAACGCUCAAAGGUUUGCCUUAUAAUUUUACGAAACUCAUCCUUUAAAACGAUUGUCUAGACUUUUUUCUAGGACGACAUGGCUAAAGAUUGCUGAAAUUGAUCCAUCAAACAGGCACAGGAUAGGGGCAUCAAUUUAAGAAGAACUUAACAAUCCAGCUCAAUUUUUGAAUCCUGAAGAUCCUGGAAGCAGUAUCAGCAUUACAAGUGCAUUCAGUUAUAAAAAGCCAGAGAUGUCUUAAUUAUCAAAUCGGUCUCAAAUGAAUAAUGAUGUCAAUGAAAGUUCUCAUAUGUCAUUUAUUUAGGAAAAUACUAAUAGAGUUAUGACUACUGUAAAUGAAAAUGGCAACUAUAAAUACAUAAAAAGUAGAUUUAAAAAUUUUAAAAGAGGAGAUUUGGAAAGUUUUGGAACCACUUCUUCCUCAAAUAGAUCAUAAAUAACAAAAGAAAAUAAUAAAAAAGCAAGUUGGGAAAAUGAUUGUGGAAGAGGUAAAAAAUUUAGAGCCAGAAUAGGAUUUCAGUUUGACAAGUUUAAUUAUGAACAAUAUUGA